CCCCCCCCCCCCCCCCCUCCUCUCUCUUCUCCUCCAUCUCUCUCUCUCUCUCUAAGUAGAGAUAGCAAGUCCAGUCUAGUCCACGCUAUAUUACUAGAAGUAUAUAGUGUUGUUAAUUAUCGUUCCAACUUUCACUUCUCAUCGUUCACUACGCACUACAUUGUAUCAUCAUCAUCAUCAUCAUCAUCAUCAUCAUCAUCAUUGUUGUUGUUAAACAGAGUGAAAUUACGCAGAGAGACACACCGACAACCCAGACCAGAGAUGAGCCGGCUCACGUUCGUUAUUUGCCUCUUUGCAGCCGCCUUCGUGGCUUUAGCUGCCGGUUGCCCUGCCUCCGACAGGGAGGCUCUGCUGGCCUUCAAGGCCUCCUUGAACGAGCCCUACCUAGGCAUCUUCCAGACUUGGUCCGGCACUGACUGCUGCCGUAACUGGUACGGCAUCAGCUGCAACCCCACCGACCAGCGCGUCGCCGACAUCAACCUCCGCGGUGAGUCUGAGGAUCCCAUCUUCCUCAAGGCCGGUCGCUCCGGCGGCUACAUGACCGGCUCCAUCAGCCCCUCCAUCUGCAACCUCGACCGCCUCACCACCAUCAUCAUCGCCGACUGGAAGGCCAUCUCCGGAGACAUCCCCAACUGCGUCACCUCCCUCCCCUCCCUCCGUGUGCUCGACCUUGUAGGCAACCGCCUCUCUGGCCGUAUCCCUCCUGCUAUCGGCAACCUCCGCAAGCUCACUGUCCUCAACCUCGCCGACAACGACCUCACUGGAGAUAUCCCCCCCUCCAUCGUCCAGAUGUCCAGCCUCAUGCACCUCGACCUCAGGAGCAACAGGAUCUCCGGCCAGAUCCCGUCCGACUUCGGGAAGCUCACGAUGCUGAGCCGGGCGCUUCUGGGCCGUAACCAGCUCACGGGGACGAUCCCUAGCUCCAUCGCAACCAUAUACCGGCUCGCCGACCUUGACUUGUCGAUGAACCGGAUCGGCGGUUGCAUCCCAGAGCAGCUCGGGGAAAUGCCGGUGCUCUCGACCCUGAACCUGGACUGCAACGCCAUCUCGGGCCAGAUACCGGGGUCACUCCUGAGCAACACGGGGAUUGGCAUCCUCAACCUGAGCAGGAACAGCCUCGAGGGGAGCAUCCCGGAUGUGUUUGGGCCGAAGUCGUACUUCAUGGCCCUGGACCUGUCCCACAACAACCUCAAGGGCAAGAUCCCGGGCACCCUUACCGGGGCCAAGUACAUUGGCCACUUGGACUUGAGCCACAACCACCUCUGUGGACCCAUCCCGAUCGGGGAGCCGUUUGAGCGCCUCGAAGCAUCGUCAUUUGAUAGCAACGACUGCCUCUGCGGGAACCCAUUAAGGACUUGCUAGUUAGUACGUAUAGAUCGCUGUAGUGUCUGAAUCAUUUCCAUAAAAGUUAAUUGUUAUUCCUCAAUUUAUCGUCGUCGGUGUCCUGCGUAGGUAUGCCUAUUUAAUUUUUCCCUUCUGGUUUAAUUUCUAAAACCAACCUUUUUCUCAGUUUUUAUCUGUCUGUCUCAAUUAAAUUACUAAAUGGCCCGCAAAGAAAUCGAUCGGGUCAGGUCUGGCUGAGGUGAAAGUGAAACUGUAAGCAAUGGAGUUCCUGGUAUUGCUGUUGCAUGGUACGUACCAAUUGUUAUUAUAUAUAUAUAUAUAUA